AUGAAGAACCUCUCAUCCUCAGCUGCAAAGUGUGGCCCUGCUGAUGGCGAGCCUCCUCCAGACCUCCUCCAGCAGCUGCUUCAGUACACUACACAGAGAAUGCGUAACGUGAGCCACAGUUCCUCCCGAAGCGUGGACGUCUUCCAAGGUGUCUUUGCUCUCUCGCAUGUGGGGCGGUCCAGGACGUCUCCCUACAAAAGAUCACCGGACUCGAGGCUUGAUCAGAAGAACGCAGUCAGACAGAAGGUCAAGUCUACACCAGCCUCCUCAGUCUCCGUCCGUUUCCUACGCAGAGACCUGUGGCAGCGAGCCUAUGAUAUAUUCACCAGGGUUGAUGUGGUUGGCUCGCUGCGACUGAGCUGUGUGGUAAAUGAUGAGGUUGUGCGAUCGCCCGCGGUCUUAUCAGGACCGUGUUUGCCCAGCGCUGCUCUGUGCGGCUCCAGAUCACGCUUCCUGAUUACAGAGCGUGUGCAGCACCUGAGCUUCAGCUGGAGGACACGCUCUCAUGGAGAACACACUAACAAGCCGGAGCAGAGAUAUCAGUGA